UUAUCAUUAUUUUAUGUGAUCUAUCAGAAGCGCAGCUGUGUUCCACAAUUUUGGUCCUUUACCCUUCGUCAGAGUUUGGAGCUCAACAAAACUGAAGAAGAAGCAGCAAUGGCGGAGCACUUGGCGUCCAUAUUCGGGACGGAGAAAGACAGGGUUAAUUGCCCAUUCUAUUUCAAAAUUGGGGCUUGUCGCCAUGGAGAUAGGUGCUCCAGGCUCCACACCAAGCCCAGUAUUAGCCCCACCCUUUUGCUCUCCAACAUGUACCAAAGACCCGAUAUGAUUACCCCCGGUGUCGACGCCCAGGGCCAGCCCAUCGACCCCCGCGAGAUGCAGAAGCACUUCGAGGAGUUCUAUGAAGAUCUUUUUCAGGAGUUGAGCAAGUAUGGAGAAAUUGAAAGUCUAAACAUUUGUGACAACCUAGCUGACCACAUGGUUGGUAAUGUUUAUGUUCAAUUUAGAGAGGAAGAGCAUGCUGCAAAUGCACUUAGGAACCUCAGUGGAAGAUUUUAUGCUGGGCGUCCCAUUAUUGUGGACUUCUCGCCGGUGACAGACUUCCGUGAAGCCACGUGCAGGCAAUAUGAGGAGAAUACAUGCAACCGUGGUGGAUAUUGCAACUUUAUGCACUUGAAAAGGAUUAGUAGAGAGUUGCGGCGUGAGUUAUUUGGGAAAUCUCACCGAAGGCAUAGCCGCAGCCGGAGCAGGAGCCCUUACAGGCACCGCAGCUAUGAAGAGCGCUCUCAUGGGAGUCGUGGUCAUAGCAGCAGAAGGCACGAUGAUAGGGAUAACUACCAUGAAAGUCGUAGCAGGAGGCAUAGAAGUAUAAGCCCUGGCCAUAGAAGAGGGCGAAGUGGAAGCAGAAGCCCUGGCCAUAGAAGAAACCGAAGUCCAAUUAGAGAAGGCAGUGAGGAGAGACGAGCAAAGAUUGCACAAUGGAACAGGGAAAGAGAAGAGAAAGAAAAUACCAAUGAUGUUAGUACCGAUGGAAGAAACUAUGACGAUAAAGAGCGUGACAACACCUAUCUGCAAAAUGGAGAGCAGUACUAUGACGAGCAGCAGCAGCCUCCUAAGAAGGACGAAUAUGAAUACUGAUUUUUCUAGCUGCUCUAACGGUGGUGUGCAGGUUGACAAUACUGUAAUGUGGAAUGUGAAAUGUUUUUUAAAAUUUUUUUGGCAUUUGUGCUUGCAUGAUUGCAUCCCUGUUUUGCAUAAACUUGAUUUUCCUACUUCGUUCAGCCAUUCUUUUGCCCUGUACCAGUAAAAAUUUAUUUGCAUUAGGGUCUAAAACAAGCGGACUUUCCUAAAACCCUCAUUUUAGGAGUUCUCUAUUUUCAUAUCUUGAGUUUUUGGCUCGCAUCAAAGUGAUUGAUUUUAUUGUGACUGCACAUUUGAAUUGCAUAUUUCCUAUAAAUUGUAAAUUGAUCAUUUCUUGGAAAUUUUCAUCCUAAAUGAAAAUAUUUGCUUACAUAAAUUCUUUAACACCAUUUCGGACGUUUUUUUUUUCCUUUGACUGAUAAGCUAAUUCUGUUUUAACUUGCUUUCUCAUAUCUACAAAGUUAAAAUAUUUGUUCAAUUCAUUUCUGCAUAGUUUACAGUAGGGAUUCUGAUAACCGCACAUC